AUGCCGCAGAAAAAAACUGGUCAGAGGAAGAAAGCCGAGAAACAGAAGGCCCGUCAAAAGCUAAUUCGGGCAUCUAAUGAGUCACGGGCUCUAGCUGAUGCUCCGUGCAAUGCAGUCAUGGAAUGUGAUAGAUGCCAGAAGAAGCAGAAGUCGAGAGCUUUUUGUUACUUCUGCCAGUCAGUACAGCGCUUACCUAUAUGCGCUGCUUGCGGAAAAAUCAAGUGCAUGAUGAAAGGCGGCGACUGCGUGGUGAAACACGGUGGAACUUUCACUACUGGUCUUGGGAUGGUGGGUGCAAUUUGCGAUUUCUGUGAAGCUUGGGUGUGCCAUGGUCGCAAGUGUUUGACGACUCACCCUUGCGCAUGUCCUCUACAAGACGCUUGUUGCGUCGAGUGUGAACGAUCAGUUUGGGAGCACGGAGGUCGAAUAUUUUCUUGCUCCUUCUGUAAUGGCUUCUUGUGUGAAGAUGAUCAGUUGGAACACCAGGCGUCGUGCCAGUAUCUUGAUUCCGAGAAUUUCAAAUGUCUUUCCUGUAACAAGCUGGGUCAGUUGUCUUGCUUGCGAUGCAAGCUAUGCUUCUGCGAGGAACACGUACGGAGAAAAGGAGUGAAAGUAGAAAAGGGUUCCCAGCCGCCGUGUCCGAAGUGCGGUCAAGAAACGCAAGAAACUAAAGGAUUAUCCAUGUCAACGCGUACGCAUCAAUACGGUCGUCAAGGUGCCCUCGAAGGAACUUCUCGGGGAGUCUAUGAUGACGAUGACGAUAAUACCGAAGCAAUGCAUUGCAUUUUGAUUCGAUUGCAGGUUAAAAUGUCAUCACAAGGAACGCGGCAGCCUCGUGAGGUUGGGAUGGAAUCCUUCAAGCGCAUGAAUUUUCUGUUCCAUGCCGCGCACGCAUCGGUUGCUGCUGGCGUUAUCGGUCUCGAUAGGCAUUUGCUGUCCAACUUGUGGGGAGUUAGUAAGAAAACCGUGAAAAAACUGGAUCCAUCUGUGAAGCGCUGCAUCUGCAAAGGAUGCAAUGGGCUUUUGAUUCCUGGUGCGACGGCGCGUGUUCGUUGUCAUUCCAAGCGCCAGAAGCACGUGUCGUGGACUUGUUUGACUUGCAAGUUUGUUCGACGGUUUCUUCUCGACAAAAAUUAUUCGUUGUGGUAUGACAAAGCAGAAGCGCAAGUGGGAAAGGAAAUUUCGAAAGCGUCGUGUGAAGCUGAGGCGAAACGUGUUACUCCAAAUGACGGAAAACGCAUUUCUGAAGAGAGGAAAAAUAUACGAGCUUCGAUUUUCUUCUUGCCGAACGAAUUAAUAAUUUCUGCGGCAGGAAAAAGAAAAUUCAAGCUUCGAAAAACUGGCGGCGGACGAAAUGAGGUGAAAUGGAAGUACAGUACGUUGGAGUGCAUGAUUGAGAACGAGCAUGUGGUUCCUUGA